UUUCAUUUUGUACAGGUAUUAUACUUGUAGUAAGACAAUGCCUGGUUCACUCGGUUUCGAAGAACAGGAUGCUAAAACCUUUGCUUCCUGGGGUAUUGAUUAUUUGAAGUAUGAUAACUGUCACCAUGAUGGAUCAAAGCCAAUUGAAAGGUAGUGUAGUUGUCUUCUUUGUUUUGAUUUGCAGCCAUAUAUAUGCUUAUAUAUUGCUUUAAUUUUUUGUGUAGAUAUCCUGUUAUGACUAAAGCUUUGAAGAAGGCUGGCCGCCCCAUAUUCUUUUCUCUGUGUGAAUGGGGAGAAAUGCACCCUGCUGAAUGGGGUUUCCAUGUAGGAAAUAGCUGGAGGACAACUUGUGACAUAACUGAUACAUGGGAAAGUAUGAUUUCGAGAGCUGAUCAAAAUGAAUUGUAUGCUCAAUAUGCAAGGCCUGGUGGUUGGAAUGAUCCGGACAUGCUUGAGAUCGGGAAUGGAGGGAUGACGAAAGAUGAAUAUAUAGUACAUUUCAGCUUAUGGGCUAUUUCCAAGGCUCCUCUUCUUCUCGGCUGCGACAUAAGGAAUAUGACACAAGAGACUAUAGAGAUCAUUUCAAACAAAGAGGUCAUUGCUGUUAACCAAGAUUCUUAUGGUAUUCAAGCUAGGAAGGCUAGGAUGCACGGUGAUGAAGAGAUUUGGGUUGCGCCACUUUCCAGCUAUAGGACAGCAGUGGUCAUUCUCAAUAGGGGUUCAGUUCGCUAUUCUGUAACCGCGUUCUGGGAGGAUAUGGGACUAGACCCCAACACUGUAGUUGAAGCUAGGGACCUUUGGGAGCAUAAAACACUGAAGAACCGGUUUGUGGGCAAUAUUACAACAAUGUUGAACCCUCAUUCAUGCAAAAUGUAUGUGUUGAAACCAGUUUCUUGAACUUAGUGAUUCUUGAAUUGGGUCACUUUCUUUUCCUUUUUUUUUUUUUGGAUUAGCAUUUUGGAAUUAGUUCUUUAAUAAUAUUUGAUGAAGCAAGCUUUCCUCUUUAAUGUAGUUGGAUUAGCAUUUGUAAUUAGUUUCUUAAUAAUAUGAAUGAAGCAAGCUUUUUUACUCCAAUGUUAGAUGUGGUUGCUGUACUCUUGCAGAUUUUUUUCAUAUUUAUUCAUUAGAUUCAAGUCA